AUCCAUGAGAAUCAGAUGGGAAAGAGGGAAGAGGGGAAGGAAAGCAGCAGUCUGACAGCCAGCAUCCGUUACUUUGGAACAGCUUUGACAAGGCAGAGGAGCUGUGAGAUGCUUGGCAGCCUCUCUGCUGAACUCUUACAGGGCUGACUGGCCUCCGUUUAUUAUCUCUGCCACCUCCGACUCUUCAGCAACAUGAGCUCCCCUUCAGCCAACCUGCACAACAAACGCCUGCCCUCAGAGAGUGAGCAUGGCCAGAGGCUGCCAGAUGUGGAUGCAGCACAGCAGCUCAAACUGAGAGAGAGACAACGUUUCUUUGAGGAGGUAUUCCAGCAUGACGUGGACGUCUACCUCUCCUCAGCUCACCUUUGUAUCAGAGACUACAAGAGACCCCCCAUUGGCAGCAUCUCAUCUAUGGAGGUGAACGUGGACUUGCUGGAUCAGAUGGAGCCGAUUGACAUUUCUGACCAGGAGGCUUUGGAUGUCUUCUUUAGCUCUGGAGGAGAAGAGGGAGCGCUGACCUCCCCACUGCCAGUCCAAGGAAACAACAACAAUGAGGACAUCAUCAGUAAUGGACUCUUUCGACAUGUCCUUGAGGGUCUUGAUGCCAAGUCCCGCGUGUCCUCCACAUCAUCAAAUUCGUCCUCCGACAGCCAGGCCACCAAUGCCAAUGGAGGGGAGACCCCUGUUGGGUCAGAUGCUGAGGAAACACACACCAGCACAGUCAAGCUGAGAGCUGUGCCUCCAGAGAGAGAGGAGGUGAAAAGUCAGAUUCUAUCAUCGUCUUCGUAGGACAAACCCUGCCCACUACUGAUUCUAGAUGACACCUGGGCCAGGGGGCACAGAGCAUGCUUUGGUAUGUUAGCUACUGUAAGAGGACUAACUGCGACUGUCUUCCACUAACUGUCUCUAAUCACUGCUUUCAAACUUUUGAUAUAUGAGCUGUACAAUGGCUUCAAGUUUUGAGAGCCCUUCACUGUUUUUACACUUUGCACGUCAUUUUUGCCCAUUAAUAUCCACCCAAUACAAUGAAGUGACAACUUUAAUUUGUCUUCAGACCCUUUGCUGUUGCACUACAAACUGCGUUCAAGUGCAUCCUGCUUGCUUCAUUUUUCAGUGAGACGUGUCUAGAACUUGACUAGAGUCCAUCUGUGACAAACUGAAUUGAGUGAACAUAAUUUAGAAAGGCACACACCUGUGUAUGAAGUCUCACAUUUUACAGUGAAGUCCAAGGAACUGUAGACCUCCACGAUGAAAUUGUGGUGAAGCAAAGUUCACAGUGGCCUCAGUUAAAUCUACAACACAAUAAAGUGUGCAAAAAGUGAAGGAGUCUGAAGACUUUCUGAGGCUGCUCUAGGUUGUGUUCUCUGUAUAUUAGGGAGUUGGGGACCAGUAACUAGUAAAGUAAAUAUGGAGAUUUCACUUGUUUUUAUUCUUGUUUGUGGUGUGUUUUGAUGGACACUUUCUGAUCUCAUGGGACUUACUACAGAGUUGAUGUAUGGUGAAUUUUGUUCAGCAUUAACCCAUCCAGGACUGUAAAGCAAUGAGUGGAAUAAAGGUUUCUGAAUCUUAAAUGUACUGUUUUUAAAGCACCACCAACGUCCUGCCAUUCUCAGUUUUUUAGCUCUAAUUCUGAAUCUCUAACGAGAGUUUUUGUUUAAGCAAAGCAAGAGAAAAAAUGCAUUAACAUGUUCCAGAGAAUCAACAAAAACAGCUCCUGGUUAUUUGAUGCUGCUGUUCCUGAGUGUAAACCAGAGCUUCUCUGCUUCCAGACUGCAAUUAAAAAUGAUGCUUCAGGGGAAACUUGAUGAUGCCACAACGAGAGCUUGGAGGGCAGCAUCAUAAAAAGUCCUCAGCCAGACAAAUAUGAGUGCCAAGUCCACUUAACGUAUGUUGAAUCCCAAGAAAGAAAAACUGAAGACUCAUAGCACACUGUUAAUCAUUUUGCAAGAGUGGUGGUUGUUUAGUAACUGCUGCACAUUGUGUCAGUGAAUAUUUUAUAAGGGAGUGUUUCAAAAAGCCUGAUCACUGCAAGCAUCACUCACUGUCAUGAGCAAACAGUGAAGUGCUUGACAAUUAUAGAUUUGAAUGCUGACUGAAUAAACACACACAUACACUAUCCUGCGAUUGCUAUAAUUUUGUGUGUAUGUGUGUGUGCGUCUUGGGAGGGUUAAUAGGGCAGGGUUUUCACUUGCUCAAAUGUCAGAAAAGCUAGUCCUCGAACCCUUGGGGCUGGACAUCCUGAACUUGCAUCAUGCGCUGCUUUAUCCUCCUGGUACGUACAUUAGCAGCAAUGGCUUCAACUCUUUCUUCUUGUUAGUUUAAUUCAGAAUGAAUAUUA